AUGGAGACGAUGAAGAAGACAGGAAGAGGGAAAGCGAGAAUAACAUCACAGAAGGAAGAAGAAGGAACAGUGAGGAAAGGGCCAUGGACUAUGGAAGAAGAUCUGAUCCUCUUUAAUUACAUCCUUAAUCAUGGUGAAGGUCUUUGGAACUCCGUCGCCAAAGCCUCUGGUCUAAAACGUACCGGAAAAAGUUGUCGGCUGCGGUGGCUGAACUAUCUCCGGCCAGAUGUGCGACGAGGGAAUAUAAGCGCAGAAGAACAGCUUUUGAUCAUUCAACUUCAUGCUAAGCUUGGAAACAGGUGGUCGAAGAUAGCGAAACAUCUUCCGGGAAGAACGGAUAACGAGAUAAAGAAUUUCUGGAGGACAAAGAUUCAGAGACACAUGAAAGUGGCGUCGUCGGAAAACAUGAAGAUUCGUCAUUGUUUGGGGAAUUCGCAGAGCUCGGAGAUGACAACGACAGACCAAGGCAGCUCAAGCAAAGCCUUCGACAUGGCUGAGAGUUUCUCUCCGGGGGCAACGACGACGUCGACGUCGUUUCAUGUGAUGGAACAGUCAAACGACAAUUACUGGAACGUUGAAGAUUUGUGGCCCGUCCAGUUGCUUAAUGGUAGUGACCACCAAGUGAUUUGA